GAUUGCAGCGUUGCAGAGCUGUCAAUCGGUCGAAGAGCUUUCAAGUGAUUAGUUAUGUGAGUUUCCAUUGUAGCUAAAAUUAAAGUUAUUCGGUUGGAGAAAGAUUAAAUAAGCAUAGUUCAUUGUAAGAAAUAAUAAAGCACCAAAGGUGCAAGAUUUCAGCGGUGCAAAACAUUUAAGACCAAUAAAUGACAAAGUAAAUGAGUGUGAUGAGGCUUUUGUAGCCUAAAAAAAAAUUGUGCACAGUGCAAAUUGUAUGAAAAAAUUGCUGAUUGACGAAAAUGCGCUAAAUGAACGAAUGAUAAAUUCGAAUUGGAUUGAAUAAGCUGUUAUAUACAUUCCGAUAAAGUGCAUUCAACUGCUACAGAAACGCAGUUGGUUAUUUACCCAACUAGGCAGCAGCCAUUUCCAUAGCAGUUGUGUCUUGAUUGGUCUUCCAUUGCACGCCCCAAAGGUGAUAGUGCAUCAAAAACGUACGAGUAUGGGUUAUUUGUGAAUAGGUUGGUUUUCGUAUGAUGUAACGUGUCAGCCAGCCAGGCAAUCGCACAUUCAGGCACGCAACAAAGCGCAACGCUCGAGUGGAACAAUAUUCGCAUAAACUUGCUGAUGUCCAUACAUCGAACUGCACACAAUGCGAGAAAUACGUAGCAACGUGCCGUCACAUGGAUGGAAGUUAGGGCCAAAUCACAUUGUUGCUUAAUCGACAACCAGUUUUUUCUAAGCGCGGAAUUCACAAAAACACUGCCAAUUAUAACAUACAUACGCUGAAUACUACCAUUUGCACAUUUACGAUGAAAUUCGUUGCUUUGGGGGAAAUACGGACUUUAAAGAGCGAGUGUUCCAUUAAGACUGCCUAGUUUAAUAUUAGCAAAAAAUGCUGCUGGAUUGAAAUUAAGCGCCCUUUAAUGGAAUGAUAAAAGAAAUAUCGCGUUAUAUAGUUAUUCCACUCACAAAAUGUUAGCAAUUUUAAAGCAUUCUUCCUAAGCCUCAAAGCAACUGCUGCGAAAUAAAAAAAAGAGUUACAAGAGUGGUUAACUCUCUUUCUUCUCUUGGUUUUAGCUACAAUAAUAAUUGGUUACCUGUACAGUGGUGGCAAAAUGGAUCAUUCACAGCACAGUAUACACAAUCACGAUCAUCAUAUGGCCUUAGAUACUGCAACAACGCACGACCAUGCAGCUAUGAUGAUAUCUACCACCACUGCCAGUCCCAUUGAUAUAAUGGGCCAGGGCGCAAGCGAUCAUCACGCGAUGCAGCACAGCCACGAGCAUGGAACAAUGGGCAUGGAGGGACCGAUGCAUCAUAUGAUGUCAAUGGCGUUUCACUUUGGCUACAAUGAGACUGUGCUCUUCUCAUGGUGGAAAUUUGAUAGUAUUAUGGGUUUAAUUGGCUCAAUGAUCGCCAUAUUUGUAAUGGCUGUUCUUUAUGAAGGCCUAAAAUACUACCGGGAGUACCUGUUUUGGAAAACUUACAAUUUGCUGGAAUACCGGCCGGUCACCGGUCCGCAACGCAAUCCCGAAGAUCCGCAGCGGAGCACGCCGUCAACGAGCGCCUCUCCAGUGCAAUAUGUUGGCGAGGUCAUACAUAAGCAACCUCCGACAAUGUUGUCACUGAACCAUCUAUACCAAACCGGCCUCCACAUCAUCCAAGUGACGCUCUCCUUCAUGCUGAUGUUGAUCUUUAUGACUUACAAUGUAUGGCUGUGUAUUGUGGUGGUACUCGGCGCCGCUGUGGGCUACUUCCUGUUCUGCUGGCGGAAGUCGGUGAUUGUCGAUGUAACGGAACACUGUCACUAGCAAUGUUUAAAAUGUGAAAGGCGCUUCACUUGGAUGCGCUGCCUCUGGCCAAGGCAAAUUGGCAAUUCAAAUAAUCAUCAAACUAUAAAUACUAAAGCUGCAGCAGCAGUGACUACAACAACAGCAACAACAAAUAGAGCUGGCACUAGAUUGAGCAUAGCAGGCGGAGGAAGCAGAGCCGAGCGAGGAUCUGACGCUGGGGAAAAAUAUAAAAAUGGCAGAAACGGUGAAGCAACCCGUCAUGCAACGGCUACUUCGCUAAUGAAUUCCGCUGGUGGAAGCGUACGCUGUGCGCGAUAUACGAAGAGUGCGGCGCGUGACGACCUUGAGAAGCAGCGCGGCAUACAAGUGACCAUGGCGAACUACAACCAAAAGGACUAUGAUAUUUACUACUACGAACGUGAUGAGUAUAAGGAUGAGAAAGUUAUCAUUGAUACAAUUGCCGUUUCGGCGACCACCACUACCCAGCGGAUGGAGAGCGGUUGCGGCAGCAUCGGUGCUAAUUGUCAGGAAUGUCGAAAUAUUAAAAUUCUCUUAAGACUAAGUUUAAGAUAUUUUUAUGAUAUAAACUGUGAAAUUGUAAAAAACACAAUUUAAAGAGAACUCAAAAACACUAAGGCAAGCAAAAAACAAAAGUAAUAACAAGUGAGCCACAAAAAGUGAGGACAAAAAAAGAAAAUCCAAAAUGUAGUGGGUUUAGGCAAGUGAUAGCACGCAAUUGUGCGGCAGGGGGAGCAUAUUGCAGAAUUUAGAAAAAGUGAAAUAUUUUUACAAGAUGUAGUUGUACAGUUGUUUAGAUGUAAAUUGGAUGUUUUGAGCUCGGUUCGUGCGCGGCAAGCGGCGAGCUAUCGCUUAAGUACUGCGAAUGUGAUCUUCGACCAAUAAAAACGAAAGUUUCACUUUUUAUUUGUUAAAUUACAUUCACACUAUUAUAUAUACAAAUAUACACAUCCAUAUAUAUAUUUUUUGCCAAAAUUUGUAGCUUAAAAGUAAAACUUACUCAGCUGAACGAACAUAUUGCCACUUUAUGGCGUUUAUAUUUAAUUCUAAUUUAUUCACGAAACCAAUAUUAUGGAGUUUUAGUAUGAAUUUUAUUUUUCUUAUUUACCCAUUUGCUACUUGUUCUUAUAAUAUUGAAUUUUUUUUAUUAUAAUCGUUUUUAUUGAGAAUUUUAAUCGUAUUAGGUCGCAAAGUAUACACACAAGGCAAUUUAAUAGAGCAGAAACGUACAUAUACAUAUGUACCUACACAAAAAGAGUACAUACUAUAAGAGCAACCAACUUAGAUACAGAAAUGUGCAUGUUUGUAUUUGAAAAAUUGUUACAGAUUUGAGUGCGAAACGCAAAUUAUUGCAAGUAUUAUCGUAUAUUGCACUGUUAAGUUAGGAUUGAUUACAGUGAAGAAAAAAUGUGCUAUAAAGCUCUACAACAACGCAUUUUAAGUAUAUACAUAUGUACAUUAAGGAAAAUAUUUUAAAGGAAUCAAAACAAAGCCCGUGGCUAAUGACUUGUGUUAUGGAAUUAGUUUUGAGAACCAAAAGGGCCGUAAAUUAUACACUGCUACAAAUAUACAUACAUAUAUUCGCACACACAUCCAUGCAUACAUCAUACAUAUGUAUUACGAGAAAAUUUUUCAAACUUACUGUGUAUACUUCAAAUAAAGACAAAAAUAUCCUUUAACUAACUGGUACUAUUUUGUAUGGAUCAUUCAUAAACGUAUGUAUGUAUAUGUGUAUAAGCACAAUCAAAUGUUCAUAAAUAUUGAAAAUACGAAUAUUUUUCAUUUAUUAAAAUAAUACAUAUUACAAAAAUGGCAAACUAUUUGAAAUCAUCUUCAAGUUAAAGCAAUUUUAAAUUUCAUUUGAUACCCAAUUUUUUUUUACAUUUAUUUAAUGCUUUGUAUUUCGAUACAGGUUGGCACCAUUAUUUCAAUAAAAAAUAAAUUUGGUUAUUAAAUGGUACAGGACAACAAAAUACAAAUAAACAAUAUUACAAUUUUAA